AUGGCCCGCUUCCUGCUCUGCCUCGGGGCGCUGCUGGCCGGCCGGGUGGCCGCAGGACUGGAGUCCGUCGUGGUCAUUGGAGAAGUUCAUGAGAAUGUGACUCUGCCCUGUGGCAACUUCUCGGGCCCGAGGGGUCUGGUGACCUGGUACCGGAAUGACUCGCAGCCGACCCUCCUUGUGUCCUCCGAGCCCGGCCGCCCACCUGCCAAGACGCGCUUUUCUCUGGCCCUCGCUGGCUCCCUGCUCAUCGAGGCGCCGGCCUUGCAGGACGAGGGCAAUUACACCUGCCGGGAACUGGACCCCUUGAACCAGACGCGGUGGUUCGGCGUGGAGCUGCUCAUGGCCAGUGGCCCCGACCAGCUGGAGGUGGACAUUGCGGCCACGGGCACGCUCCCCAACGGGACCCUGUAUGCAGCCAAGGGCUCUGAGGUGACCUUCAGCUGCAGCAGCCACAGCUCGUGGCCUCCGCCCAUGAUCGAGUGGUGCUUCGGGGUCCCGGGGUCCAAAGGCGAGUCCUUCCGCAGCCACCUGUCGGUCAGCAGCUUCUCGCUCAUACAGAUGUCACACAACCUCCAAGGGAACUACACUUGCGUGGCCACCAACCUGCGCAGCGGGAGACUCCGAAAGGUGACCUCCGAGCUCCUGGUCUACUCCCUGCCUCCCUCCGUUCCUCAGUGUUGGGCAGAGAUGCCACCAGGCUCAUCCGUGUUGCAGCUCACUUGUCGCUGGGAUGGGGGGUACCCAGACCCCACCUUCCUAUGGACAGAAGAGCCGGGAGGUGUGGUCGUGGGAACAUCCCAGCUCGGGGUGGAGACGCUGAACCAGUCCCAGCUGUCCGAUGGCAAGAAGUUCCAGUGUGUGGCGGGCCAUAUCCUGGGACCCAAGGCGGGCGCCAGCUGUGUGGUGCAGAUCAGGAGCCCCUCCGUCCGCUCGGAGCCCAUGAAGACCUGCUUCCUGGGGGGGGACGUCACUCUCACCUGCCAGGUGUCCGGCGCUUACCCCCCUGCCAAGAUCCUAUGGCUGAGGAACCUCUCGCAGCCCGCGGGGGCCAUCCAGCCCAGCAGCCGCCACCUCAUCACGCACAGUGGCCAGAGCUCUGCGCUCACCAUCCGCAACUGCUCCCAGGAGCUGGACGAGGGCUACUAUGUCUGUCGGGCAGAGAACCCCAUGGGGGUUCGGGAAGUGGACAUCUGGCUGAGUGUGAAAGAGCCUUUCAACGUCGGCGGAAUUGUGGGGACAAUCGUGAGCCUUCUGCUCCUGGGGCUGGCCGUUUUCGCAGGGCUGAUGCUGUAUUACAGCCCUGGGUUUUGCUGGAAAGUAGGAAACACUUUCAGGAGCCAGGACGUGGGUGACGUCAUGGUGCUGGUGGACUCGGAAGAGGAAGAGAUGGAGCAGGAGGAGGACGGCGCCGCCGUGGCGAUCGAGGACGAGGAGGAGGAGAGGGACGAGGGGGAAGAGCUACCCAGGGAAGUCCACAAGCACUGCCACAUCCACAGAGUGACCGCCCUGGUGAACGGGAACCUGGAGCAGAUGGCCAACGGCCUGCAGCCUCUGCAAGACGACAUCAGUGAGCAGCAGCGUGAACCUGUUCAAGAGGACGACGGGCCCGUGUGACGACCCGCGGCCCUUCCCCGUCCUGUCAGUCAAGCGCUGCUUCGAUUUGAUCUGCA